GAAGCUGGAGGUCACGUUUUCAGGCUCCUGUACCUUCUUCCAGAUGGUAGCAGCAAGAUGAGAGCGUGGCCAGGGUGAUGCUGGCUGCCUUUUUGAGGCAGCGCCUCCUGCAGAUCCUCAUCAAUGGUAUCUGUGGACCUUCGAUGGUGGGGAGGUCAGUAUCUGUGAUGGAGCAGGCAGCAUCCACCACUCUCUAAGUGUGCAAUGGUGAUUUCACAGGUGCUCUAUUUGGAAACCAAAAAGGUAUGUGUUUUGUGUAUCCCUGUAAUAUGAACGAGUCAAGAGACGCCAUAAUAAAACUCACUUGACUUGACUUGCUGUGUGUUGUGAAUGUUUAUGCUCGUGUCCGUGGUAGGUGCGCGUCGCCCCUCUCUCGGCACCAGGCGUGCCCGCGCACAGACGACGUGCCCGCGCACGGCCCCGGCGCUGCCGAGACGUUAGUGGCGGUAGCGUCUAUAAAGGGCGAUAGCGGCGGGGCAGGGAGGGAGAGAGAGAGGUAGUGAGCGGCCGGCCGGCGGAGGCGGCGGUACCGGGGAUAUCCUCACCGGGAGGCGCCGCGACACAACACAACAGCCGCAAACUUUGGGAAAGUUUGCCAAGUUUUGUGAAUUUUUUUUUUGGGAAAGUUUUUGCGAAGUUUUGUGAAUGUUUUUUUGUUGGAAAAGUUGUGAAAAGUUUGCAAAGAAGUUGUUGUGAAGUUUGCAAAUCCCCCCGGGAGGGUUCUUUUGGAAAGUUGAGAAAACUUUGCGAAGCUCUUGUGAAAAGUUUGCAAAGAAGCUGCUGUGAAAAGUUUGUUAAGUUCUUCUGAAGUUUGCAAAGAAGCUCUUGUGAAGUUUGCAAAGCCCCCGGGAGUUUGCACGGUUGCCGAAGUUUGUGUGAAGUUGAGUGUUGGUCUGUGGCCGGUGCACGAUGCGUGCUCGGCGGCUGCUGCUGCUGCUACUCCUCGCCCUGGACGCCGUGUCGCUGGGCCGGCCGCUCUCCACCUGCACCACGGUGGACACGGAACACAUGAAGAAGAAACGGGUAGAGGCGAUCCGCGGCCAGAUCCUCAGCAAGCUGCGCUUCAGCAGCCCGCCCGACGAGCCGGGGCCGGCCGAGGUGCCGCUGCAGGUCCUGGCCAUGUACAACAGUACCCGGCUCCUGCUGCAGGAGCUGGGCCGCGACCAGCAGCACCAACAGCACGCCUGCCUCUCCCACAACACGCAGCUCGAGUAUUACGCCAAGGAGGUCUACAAGUUCGACAUGAUCGCCGGGCCCGCCGUCGACAAUGAUGUGAGCUCGUGUCGUGGCAUCACGUCCAAGGUUUUCCACUUCGACGUCUCCUCCAUGGAGAAGAACGUGUCCAACCUGUUCCGGGCCGAGUUCCGGGCUCUGCGGGUCCCCAACGGCAGCGCCAAGCGGAACGAGCAGCGCAUCGAAGUGUAUCAGAUUGUGAAGCCGGACGACCACAUUGCCAAGCAGCGCUACAUCGCGGGGAAGGUGGUGCUGACCAAGGGCUUCAGUGAGUGGGUGUCAUUCGAUGUCACCGACAGCGUCAAGGAGUGGCUCGUCAACCGGGACACCAACCUGGGUCUGGAGAUCAGUGUCCACUGUCCCUGCCACACCUUCCACGCCAAUGGCAUCAUCUCCACCGAGGGUGAAGUCCUUGACGUCAAGUUUAAAGGAAUUGAUGACUAUGAGUUUGCGGAGCGCGGGGACCUGGGACGGCUGCAGAAACGCAAGGAGCAGAAGCUGUUGUACGAGGGUCCGAACAACCCCCACCUCAUCCUCAUGGUGCUGCCCCCCCACCGGCUGGACAGCCAGCGACACGCCGCCCGCCGAGCUCUCGACACCGCCUACUGCUUCAGGCACUAUGAGGAUAACUGCUGCGUGCGCCCGCUCUACAUUGACUUCCGCCAGGACCUGGGCUGGAAGUGGAUCCACGAACCCAAGGGCUAUUAUGCAAACUUCUGCGCCGGCCCCUGCCCGUACUUGCGCAGCACCGACACGCAACACGGCACGGUGCUGGGACUGUACAACACGCUGAACCCAGAGGCCUCGGCCAGUCCGUGCUGCGCUGCCCAGGACCUGGAACCAUUGACCAUUCUCUACUAUGUGGGCCGGACACCCAAGGUGGAGCAACUGUCCAACAUGAUCGUCAAGUCCUGCAAAUGUAGCUGAGGGGCGCCCCGUGUACACGCGUGUCAACAUGGGUGUGGUACGUGUGCGGGCAGCAUUUGUGUGGACUAGUGCCGGUCACGUAUGUGCUCUUGUUUGUGUGUACAUGUUUGCAGCCCGCACUUGUGUGCACACGUGUAUGGUCUGUGUUUAUGUCUGAGGAAUGCGUGUGUACAGCUGUGUGAUCUGUGUGCGGUACCUGAGCAUGUAUGUGAAAGGUAUCUGUGUAGGAAGUACACAUAUACAUGCAUGUAAGAUAUACGUGUGUGUGUGUGUGUGCGCUCGCAAGAGAAUGUGUGUAGGGUGAGUGUGGGUCCAUGUUGGAGGUGUGUGCACAUGUGUGUGUUACUGCGUGUGUGUGCACGUGUGUGCCUGUGUGAGUGACUGUGUACGUGUGUGUGCGCGUGAGGGGCAGGCUCUGAGACCAGGCUGCAGACGGCCGGAGGGGAUGGGACGGUGCGGUGACCGGCGGCCUGGAUGGACGGAGAGAUUCACAACAGGGACACAACGGGCUGAGAGUCGGGGCCUGAGCCGUGGUCAUUGAGGAGAUGGGGGGAGCGUGGAGGAGACAGUAUGGAUCCCACGACCCCACACACUGCCCGUCCCACGCUCCACGGACACGUUAAACCCAGCGAGCAGCCGGAGCACCGGGCGAGGAUGCCCGUCGGGGUCACCACGGGGUGAGCUGAACCUGGCGCUCGGCUGAGACCAUCAAGGACACAGACACUGAGCCGUGGAGCUCCAGACAGAGGCUGAGGGGUGACCUUACUGAGGGUCACGGAUAAAGUGAACGCUCUCACUCCGUUCCCCAGGAUAGAGGAUUCUAGAACUAGAGGACACGGGCUUGAGGUGAGAGGGGAGAGAUAUGACAUUUUCAGUCGGAGUGCAGUCCGUAAGUGGAGCGAGCGGCUGGAGGGAGCUCUCGAUGUGCAUACAAUUAUGGGCUUUCAAAGACCGAUGGACAGAUACGUGGAGGUUCUGGGCCAAACACGGGCAAAUGGGGCUGGUCCAGGAUGUCCAGGUGGGCGGCACGGACAAGAUGGGCCGAAGGGCCUGUGCUCUUGUGUGACCAGGAUCGGUCAGAGGUCACUGACCCACGAGUGUGUGAAUCAGUGCCACCCGCCGCACACUACACCGCAGUCUGUGUUAAGGCAUCGUGGUUCUGUGACGGGGGAUUGGAGCAGCCCUGGACUACGGACCCCGCUCUGGCCCCACAGAACCCAAGGCCUUCCUCCCCCCCGGUCUCUCACCCCCCCCCCCCCCCCCA